GUGCAUCUAUGUUUCUGCAUGCCUGACAGAAUAAAUCCAGCUUCUCCACCAUUCCUCUCUCUCUUUCUCUCUGCCUCCAUCACUCUCUUUCUCUCUCUCACACACACACACACACACACACAUACAGGUGCUGCUCUUUUGCAACCCUCACUCUCACACACAAACAUUUAAAACACACAAACUCAACACAGGAUCUUAGUUGGUCCACUUUUCUGGUGCUGAGGAACUUGACAUUUUGCCAUCAUGGAGGAUUAUCACAAACCUGACCAGCAGACAGUGCAGGCACUGAGGAACAUCGCCAACCGCCUCCGGAUCAACUCCAUCAAGGCAACAACUGCAGCGGGCAGCGGACAUCCCACAUCAUGCUGCAGUGUGGCAGAAAUCAUGUCGGUGCUUUUCUUCCACACCAUGAAGUACCGCUAUGAUGACCCAAGGAACUUUAACAAUGACCGCUUCGUCCUGUCCAAGGGUCAUGCUGCUCCAGCCCUGUACUCCAUGUGGGUUGAAGCAGGCUUCCUGAAGGAGAGUGAACUGCUCAGUUUGUGCCAUGUUGACUCUACCCUGGAGGGCCACCAAACCCCUAAGCAGCAAUUUGUGGAUCUGGCCACUGGCUCCUUGGGACAGGGUCUUGGUGUGGCCUGUGGAAUGGCUUACACUGGGAAGUACUUUGACAAGUCCAGUUAUCGUGUGUACUGCCUGAUGGGGGAUGGUGAGAUGUCAGAGGGUGCUGUCUGGGAGGCCAUGUCGUUCGCCUCCUACUACCAACUUGACAACCUGGUGGCCAUCAUGGACAUCAACCGCUUGGGCCAAAGUGACUCUUCACCCCUGCAGCAUCACGUUGAGAAAUAUCAGAAACGCUGUGAAGCUUUCGGCUGGCAUGCCAUCAUUGUGGAUGGACACAGUGUGGAGGAGCUUUGCAAGGCUCUGAGCCAGCCACGCCAUCAACCCACUGCCAUCAUUGCCAAAACCAUCAAGGGCAAAGGCAUCCCAGCCGCAGAGGAUAAGUUAGGGUGGCAUGCCAAACCUCUGCCCAAAGACAUGGCCGAGAUGGUUAUGAAGGAUCUGCAAAGCCGCAUCAUGAACAGCAGCAAGCACCUGUAUCCUCCUGCUCCCACGGAGGACUCCCCACCUGUCAGCCUGAGGAAUAUCAGGAUGCCGAGCGCACCCAACUACAAGGCUGGAGAAAAGAUUGCCACAAGGAAGGCAUAUGGGAUAGCGUUGGCCAAGUUAGGCCGCUACAAUGAACGUGUUGUGGCCCUGGAUGGAGACACCAACAACCUCACCUACUCAGAGAUCUUCAAGAAUGAGCAUCCAAACCGCUUUGUGGAGUGCUACAUCGCUCAGCAGAACAUGGUCAGUGUUGCCAUGGGAUGUGCUGCACGUGAGAGGAAUGUUGUGUUUGCCAGCACUCUUGCUUCCUUUUUCACCCGUGCCUAUGACCAGCUCCGCAUGGCAGCCAUCUCAGAAAGCAACAUCAACCUGUGUGGCUCCCACUGUGGCCUGUCCACCGGAGAGGAAGGCCCCUCUGUCAUGGGGCUAGAGGACAUGGCUAUGUUCAGGGCUCUUCCCACAGCGACCAUUUUCUAUCCCUGUGACGGUGUGUCUACAGAGAAGGCUGUGGAGCUGGCUGCAAGCACAAAGGGUGUUUGCUACAUCCGAACCAGCCGCCAAGACAAUCCCAUGAUCUAUAACAGCAAUGAGGACUUCCAUGUUGGACAGGCUAAGGUGGUGUACCAGAGCAAAGACGACCAGGUGACUGUGGUGGCAGCUGGAGUGGCUUUGCACGAGGCCCUGACUGCAGCUGAACAUUUAAAGAAAGAGAGGAUCUCCGUCAGGGUCAUCGACCCCUUCACAAUCAAACCACUGGAUGUUAAAACCAUCAUCGACCACACGCGUGCCACCAGGGGACGAAUCCUGACCGUAGAAGACCACUACUACGAAGGUGGCCUUGGGGAGGCAGUGUCCUCAGCUAUGGUCAAUGAGUCUGGCUUCAGUCUGCAUCGUCUUGCUGUGUCCCACGUUCCUCGCAGUGGCAAACCUCACGAGCUGCUCAAGAUCUAUGGCAUCGACCGUGACGCCAUCACCCUGGCCAUCCGCAAGAUGCUCAGCAGCUCUACCAAUGCCAAAUAACUUUCUACCUGCCCCACCCACCCUAUCUGCUCACACCCCCUACAGAUGAAAACUAACAAGUCAAGUAUGUUUUUGAUUCACAUGACACCCAUCUCUUUAAAUUCCUUCACCGUAAAUGCCCCUAAGUGUAAACUGAAGUAGUGUGAUUUUGUGCUGUACACUUUGAAGUAGAGUUUCACAUUUUCCUUUCUUUCAUGCAUCCAUCACAUUUCAUACAAGGACAGAGAUACAUAGAUUAAAACACACAUAUCCUCAUGUCUAAACUCACAGCUCAGUCAUCAGAUAAUUGUGGCCAUAACUGACUUUGUUGUUGUUGGAUGCUCACCAUACAAAACAAUGCAUUAUUACAUGUUCCGCAUGAGUACUAUGUGACGCUCUCAUGUGUUUUUUUAAAAAAAAGUUUUUGAUUAACAUCAUUCAACUAGAAAUGUUUGAUAUGUUUGAUUGGCUCAAUAAACUGGGUGGGGCAUUGUUUUCGAAUAAGUGUUUAUCAUGACAACAGUGUCAGAAAGAUGUUGUUUGUAGAAGGUAGUAGAGAGAAAAAAAAAUCAAACAAAUGUAUGAAGGUCAUAACAAGCAGUCACUCAAAACCACCAAAUCAUUGUCAUCAUCUUCAGACAUUUUUGUGGUUUCAAAAGUUGUAUAAUUUCUCUUCAGCACUGUGAUUUUGGUUAUUGAUUUAAAAAAUUCACCAUCAACCUACACACCUCAACGUUCAUUUGUGCUAGCUGCACAACUGGACCGUACCAGCAGUGAUAAUGAGCAGUAAUCAAUAAGUGAUCAGUAGCAUCACCUUCAUUUUUCUAUAGGGUGGAGGGGCAGAAGGCCCUUCAGAUGCUGGAGAUCAGAGAAUAUUGUUGACUGUAACUAGAGUUACAACUGACUUGUGUACCCAAGAACAAACACUUUCUUUGUUACUUGAAAUUUUGUAUGUACCUUACUUUCAUGUAAUAAAGCCCUCUGCAUUUGA